UAUAAAUAUUCUAUAUGAAACGUUUAUGCUGAUUAAACUUCAACAUUCCUUGGAUAAUCAGAAUGGGGUAGAAGUAAUUUUGACAGCUGAAGUGGUUGUAGUUUAUGUGAGUUUAUAAAAUAAAGAAAUAGUGCAUUCUGUAAAAAGAAUAAUUUACACAGAUGAAUGGGUUGAUUGCACGGUAUCUUCAGAAUUUAACCAAACACAUUUAGAGUAAAUUUUGUAGACUAAACUGUUCGUUUGUAAAGUUUUCCAGACUGUCAUAGAAAAAAAAUUUCACAUCCUGCUAUUAGUUUUCGUAUGAGUCAAAAAAUAGAGCUUUUUUAUUUUUAUGGUGGUGGCAUGUUUUUUCCUCGCAUUUUCACAGAAUAUAAGUUUGUGUGUGUUUAGUAGGGAAAAUAGCUUUUGACAGAAAUUAUUGGACAUUAUUUUGUGCUAUAUGUGUCUUUAGACAGAUAGAAAACUCGAUUAGUUCUCACAAAGUGAAGGAAGUACCAAAUAUGUUUUUUUUUUUUUUUUUUUUUUUUUUUUUUAAGCAAAGUCUGUAAUAAUUCAAACUUGGGACAAAAAACAUAAGUCUGAUUUGAAAAUUCAUUUCCUUCAGACUUUUAACUUUAACGCAUUCAGUGCUAAAAAUAUUUUAGUUUCGUUUAAAAUGAGAAGAAGUGUUCUGUUAGGCUUGUCUAUUUUAUGCAUUCGUGAUAUGUACUUUUUCCUCAGCGCUUAUUUCAGCUACCCAGUGCUGACUAACUUAGAAAUACAUACACGCACGAGCAUGGAAUUUCCUGCUGUGACUCUUUGCAACCUAAACCGCAUGCACAAUAUGUUCUACAAAUGCAUUCAAAAGCAGGAGACGUGGGAACAAUGUAUAGUAAUGAUGAGGUCAAUAGUUACUUCGGAGCGGAAAAUCCAAGCACUGUGCUUGAAAAAGCCAACUGCAAGAGAAAAAAAGCUCUGUCUUCGGAGACUAGAUUUUUUUCAGCUUUAUACGGGUCGUUCUCCAGAGUUUCGUCAAAAAAUUGGAUAUAAAUUUAAUCAUGUGAUUUUGCAUUGUCUGUUCAAAGGUAACCCUUGCGGAGUUGAUAAUUUUACUUUUCAUCAAAGUCUGCAGUACGGAAACUGCUACAGUUUCAAUUACAUGAAUGACAAUAUUAAAAUUCCCCAAGAAGUAGAUGGGGUCGGGCCGAAUAAUGCCCUGGAAUUAGUUUUAGACGCCAGAGAAAGCACGUAUCUUGGCAUAACACCAAGCGUUGGAAUGCGAGUAAUAAUUCACAACGUUUACGAGAAACCGAACCCGGUAGAGAAUGGGAUUAACAUUAGUCCUGGCUUCGAAACGAGGAUGUCUUUGUCAAAAAUGUCUAUUCAAAGAUUGCCACCUCCUUACAAAGAUCGCUGCUUUGAUUACAACAGCAGAAAUCGUGAAAUUAGCUCAAGAAGUAGAUACGAUUGCGUACGAAGUUGCGUGCAGAAGAAGAGUUUGUCAAAAUGUGGAUGUACAGAUCCCUUUUUAGGUUACGAUUCUUCAAACAGGUCAUGCCAUCUCCGAAAUGAAGUCGAAAUGCAAUGUCUUGAUGAUAUUCUGGUCGAAAUGGGACAGGUCAGCCCCCCAUGUGAGUGCCCUUUGCCUUGUUUUGUGAACCUUUACAAAAAUGACAUUUCAAGAAUAAAUUACAAACACAUGAAAGAAGACGGGUUAGCGAAACUGAUAUCUGAUACGUUUAAUCUGAAAAAGAAAUCCACGCUUUUACCUCUUUAUAGAAGAAAUGCUACAUUGAAAAUAUUUUACAGAACAUUGGAUCAUAAAGUUUUCACCCAAUAUCCUGCCUUGAGAGGCACAGAAGUUUACGGUAGCUUGGGGGCCAUUUUAAGUCUGUGGCUUGACUUUUCUUUGUUUUCCAUUAUUCAGCACAUUCAAAUAAUUUUAGUUACUUUACGAUUAAUGAAAUGAAAGGUCUUAAAAUCA